UGGGAGACUUUGCCGAGCAAACGAGCCCAUUGGCGGCGAGUUUAUAUCGGCUGCUAGCCCUGCUGAUUCACGAACGCGCUCUCUCUCUCUCUCUUUUGAAAGACUGAUAUACACGUCUAUCCAUUCGCGAAAGCUUUAGCGCUAUGCCGCCAAAUACGAAGUCGUUCAGUCGCGCGAAGGCAGUCAGACUUGGCGCACGUAUACGACGAAAGUUACGCGCUCAGUUGCUCUCGCCUCCACCUCUGCCCCGCGUACGAGCUUGACAGGUCAGCGUUUGUUUAUGCUCCAUCCAGAGGCAAGAUUAUCAGUUUCUACGAUUACCAGUGCUCCUAGCAACGAGGACGCGAGUUCGGUGCUGCGAAUUUAAUAAGCUGUUAUUCAAAAUAAAGUGCUCUGUGACCAAAGGCUCGCAAGUUGCUUUCCUUGCUCGAACUCGUGCUUUAUUUGUGAACAUAGCAUACGCAUCGCCGUAGUGACUGUGCCGAAAUCGUUGUGAUUAUUGCUGUCGUUGUUUUUGUUAUUUUUGUGCUUUCAAGACUUGUGUCAUGUUGUGCGGGAAGCUUUGACGCCCUGCUUAUCAUACGAUAGUGCUCGAUGGACAUGGAAUCACCGAACAUGUACGAUAAUCAAGCCCACCAAUUGGGCCAACAGCAGCUGCAGGCCGAUCUGAAGAAAGCUGCUCAACUCUUGGGUACCGGUAGCAAUGGUACAAAUAACAACAAUUCCAGUCUGCAGGUCAAUCACAAUCAGCAGCAACAGCAACAAUCACAGCAUCAACAGCAGCAGCAUCAGCAGCAGCAACAGCAUCAGCAACAGCAGCAGCAUCAGCAGCAGCAGCAACAACAACAACAACAACAACAAAACAAUGUCGUGAGCAAAGUGCCGGUUUCCAAAGCCGCUGUGCAGUCGCAGUAUGCCGAGCACUGUGCUGUCUCGGGCGAGCUUACAGAUCUCAACACACCGGAAAUCUCUCUGGACUUGCAGCAUCUGAUCGACGACUCGCAGUUCAACGAAAACAUUCUGGAGAUGCUGAACAGCAGCCAGCCGAACGGUGUGCCGGGGAGUGCGAAGCACUCGCGACUCUCGUCUGCCGGUUACCCGCGUGCCACCGGGCCCGCCCUGGCUUACAUGCCUCAGCCGGUGCACAGCAGCGCGUCCACUUACCAUCACGGCGGUGUGACGUCGAGCGCCGCCUCGGCCGGACAGAUACAACACAGCUGCAGCGACAGCAGCAGUAGCUGCAACUCCAGCAGCGAGUCACCCUCGAUAAAGGAAGAGCCGCAAGAUCCCACGGACUCGCGGCGGGCUCAACUCGGACCCGGUGUCAACCAAGUGGCCCAAGCCUACGGAUACCCUACGAGUUUCGGCGGUCAGGCGGCCUCGUUCGCUCCCCUGGUGCCAGGCCUAGGGGGUCAGGCGACUAGUUUGCAUCCACAGCAGCAACAGCAGCAGCAGCAGCAGCAGCAGCUCGCUCAACAGGUAGGCCCACGCGGCCAGAUAAAGAGUUUGCAGGCCGGUUCCUCGGCUGCUUCGCGAAAGCAAUCCAAGUGCAUCGACAAGGCCAGCGACGAGUACAGACGUCGUCGUGAGCGCAACAAUAUAGCCGUGCGCAAGAGCCGGGAAAAGGCAAAAGUGCGCUCGCGGGAGACCGAGGAGCGCGUCAAAGCCCUCAUGAAGGAGAACGAGACGCUGCGCAAAAAGUGCGAAUAUCUCACCGAGGAACUGUCGGUGGUGCGCCAGUUCAUCGGCGCAGGUGUCGGAGGUCUGCCUGAACAUUUGCGAGAGCUCUCCAGGGUCAUGGAGUACCAACACACGGGUGGCCAGACCAUGUAGCCAUCUGUAAGCUUUUACUUCGGGGCCUCGACGAGCCACCCGUUUCUUUUCCAAGUAUUCUCUCAUUCUGUGACCCAACCUCUAUCGAAGACAUCAAAUUUCUAUAGUGAGUGCACUUCGCAGUCCUUCGUCCUUCCAGGAUUUCACUUUAUGACUCUCGGGACUUUGAACGUGCGAGUGUCCCCUGACGUGUAUCAUAUUAUUUUUAAUAUUAUUUAUAA